UAUAAAUCGCAUGCAAGACAGAGAAGAAAGUGCCAGAUGUUAAUGGGUUGGUUAGAGAGUUGAUAGGAAGAUUUUCAGAAAAAUACCCAUUUUCCUCUAGAAUUUACCUUAAAAUUGUGAUCAAUUGUUGUUGUGCGAGCAAAGUUCUCAUUAAUGGUAUAGAGUGGAAUCCGGUGUGUGUAUGUGUGGGCUGCGAAGAGGAAAGACGUCCGGGCCCACAAAGUAAAAUGGCGAUUUGAAGAGAAAUGGUAGACGUAUGAAUUUGGCUUUUGGAACAUCCACAAUGGAAGAAUCGUCGUCGCUGAACCAAAACGGGGGACAGACGGGGCCCCAAACCGCCCCCACUGCCAACAACAAACAAACGGAAGAAACGCAGAAGAAGAUUCAGUACUCAAUACCGGGGGUGCUGCAUUUCAUCCAACACGAAUGGGCCAAGUUCGAACUGGAGAGAUCGCAAUGGGAGGUGGAUAGGGCUGAACUGCAGGCAAGGAUAGCUUUCCUGCAAGGUGAGCGCAAGGGCCAAGAAAACCUAAAAAAUGACCUAGUGCGCCGGAUUAAGAUGCUUGAGUAUGCCUUGAAGCAGGAAAGGGCCAACUUCCACAAGUUGAAGUAUGGAACGGAGUUGCAGCAGGGCGACAUGAAGCCGCCGCUCAUGGAUGAUAGCGGCGACUCCCAGUUGGAACAGGAUCAGAACUACGUCUCUGUGACCGACUCCACAUGGAAGCAGGGCAGGCAUUUGCUGAGACAGUAUUUACAGGAAAUUGGUUACACCGACCGGAUAAUUGACGUUAGAUCAACACGGGUCAGAGCUUUGCUAGGCCUGAACAACAACAACGCCGACCAAGAAGAAAACCUUAAUGGUGGACCGGUCAAUGGCAAUGAGUCCAAUAAAAGGGUUAGCGAAAAUGAAGGUCGAAGAACCCCAGUUAAGAAGACUCAGCCUCGGUCGAUGCCCGAAUCCAUGAUGCUCGAUACUGAAGCGGCUGUGAUGGCAAAUUUGAAUUACUUAUCCAAUGCUGACGUGGAAAUGGAAGAUGAUGACGAUAUUAGCGAUGACGUCGAUAUGGAUACCAACGUGGACGAAGAGGACAUCAAGCAAAACAAUACGAAAAUACAACGAGAUGACGUUGACACGAUGGCGUUGGAUGUUUUCAAUGAACUGAACCGGUUAUCGGAAAGUGAGAAGAAGCAAGAGACGAAAAAAGCUCCGCCUACAGAAUGGGACAAAGUUACAUCGCAAUGUCCCAGUCGGCCUAUAGGGAUUGCUGAUGAAGAUAAUAUGGACGGCUCAAUGUUAAAGUUGGGCGAUCUAGCUGAGCUCACAGUGAACAAUGAAGCUGAGACCACAUAUGACAUUGCCUGUAGUAAAGAGGCGUUGCGUAAAACGUGGAAUACCAAAUAUACAUUGAGAAGCCAUUUCGAUGGGGUUAGGGCAUUGGCCUUCCAUCCCAUCGAGCCGGUUCUCAUAACUGCAAGUGAAGACAAUACACUGAAAUUGUGGAAUCUGCAGAAACCUGUGUCCGCUAAGAAAAGCGCCAGCUUAGACGUAGAGCCUUUGUACACGUUCAGGAGUCAUACAGGACCGGUGUUGUCUCUGGUGAUGUCCGGUAGUGGUGAGCACUGCUACUCUGGUGGAUUAGAUGGGGUUAUAAACUGUUGGAACGUACCCAAUUCUAACAUAGACCCUUAUGAUCUGUACGAGCCCUACGUUUUAAACACGUCCUUAAACGGGCACUCUGAUGCCGUUUGGGGACUUUCUGUGCUCAAUUCAAAGCAGCAGUUGGUUUCAUCUUCAGCAGACGGAACCGUGAAACUGUGGUCGCCGCAUAACAAAGUGCAGUUGCUAAAUACGUUUGCUUCUGAGAGCGACGGUAUUCCGACCAGCGUGGACUUCGUCAGAGAUGAACCGAAUAAAAUUGUUGCCUCUUUUGCAUCAGCCAAUUGUGUUAUUUUCGAUGCUGAAACUGGCAAGCAAGUGGUGCGUUUUGAAGCUAGCAAUGAUGCUGGAGUCAGUUUGAACGCUCUCAGGAUCUAUAAGCUGGUGUGUCAUCCGACACUGCCACUCACCAUCACCGCACACGAGGACAAGCAUAUUCGCUUUUGGGACAAUCACACUGGGAAGUUGGUCCAUUCCAUGGUGACGCAUUUGGAUGCUGUCACGUGCCUAGCCGUGGACCCGAACGGGCUUUAUGUUCUUUCGGGGUCCCACGAUUGUUCAAUACGACUUUGGCACUUGGACAAGAAAACUUGCGUGCAAGAGAUGACCGUUCAUCGCAAGAAGUUCGACGAAAGCAUUUUAGAUGUGGCUUUUCAUCCAUCACGACCAUACAUAGCCAGUGCUGGAGCUGAUGGCUUAGCCAAAGUGUUCGUUUAGUUUUUUUUAGCAGGGAUAUAGUUCGAUAAUUACCAGGUAUGUGUAGGAGAAUGAUAAAAGUGGUAAAUCUAUUUAGGGUAAUCGGCAACAAUUGGUGAUAAAUGGCCCCUAUUUAUGAAAUCUGUUAUUUUUCUGAAUGCAUAUCUCCAUAUCCCAAAGUCCACUAACUAUUAAAAUAUGAUCGUUUGGGUGAUUAAGGAACAUUCUAACUGGAAUACUAGAGGAGGUAGCGAUGUGAGAUCCUUUAUUGACAUUGCUGGACUGAUUUUUUUUUAUAACGAGCUACUUUUAUGCGGCUACAUAAUUUCGAACCGGAUUGUGUAAUUUUGUGCCUUUUAGCUUUACCGCUUUUAUUAUUGAUCAAUCUAUGUUGAAGAAGAUGCAGCUGUAGUGUUAACAUUUUUAUAAACUUUUAAUUAGCAUCACAAAUAAUUUCAACACUUCCGCUCUCGUUUCGACUUUGUUAUAAAGCCAAUGCUAAGAAUCGCCUGUUUUGUUAUUGAAUGUUUAAUGAUUUUUCUGCUGGAUCUAAUUGGGAGCCAAAUGUUCGGUCAAUUAUGUCAUUUCUUCGUACCUAAUUGUUGUUUUUAACAGUUCAAAAAAUGUUUAUUUUUGAUCGUUUUUCUUUAUAAAAUUCUUCGAUAUGAAGCUGCAAAAUAAGUGCAAAAUCUGAACUUCUUAUAAUAAAAUUGUACCGUGCAUGUUAGUGUAUGUCUUUACGUUUAAACAAAACCAGUACUCUUACUUUAAAGUUAAGCUAUAUCGCCUAGUUUAGGUAUGUAUAUAUGAGUCGAUUUUACGUUGUAUAUAAUUAUUCUACGUCACAAUGUUUUGCUUAUUCUUUUGUAAAUAAGUUUAUUUAUUUUAAAGGUAAGUUUACAAUACACAAUACCCUAUUAUAUCGAAAUCUGAGAUCGGCAUGUCCACUUUAUUUUUCAUUCAUUACAGUCGACUAGACACUUGUAUAUUAGAGAAAUGCUUCAGAUACAGCGCGCUAUUCACAAUUAAAUUAAUUUGUCACCUUUUAUUCGGACCGUGUAAACAAUUCAGCUUGGCUUUUGCUGGAAUUCUUAUUUUGUUUUACAUCAUUUUUAAAAUAUGUUUAAAUUAUGUGCGUCAGCUGGUAAGCAGACUGGUAUAAAUUCACGACAUUUUUCAGUAGAAAAAUAAAGUGGCUACACUAAAACCAUACUGGACUAAGUGUGCAAGAAGUAAUAACAAUAACAAUGUAAAUAUAUAUAAAACUCCCAUUUUACUUAACAAAACUGUAGAAUCAUGUACAGGGUGUUUAAUUACGAAUGUUAUUGUUCAGUCAUCCUAGAAAUUAAAGCUUGAUUUGUGUUAAUUGUCCUUUAUUAUUUGAAAAUGUGUUAUCUUUUUAUUUUUAUAUUUUAAAACGAAUAUUUCUAUAGCUAGUGUAAUAUAAAACUGCCCUUAGUAAA